UGGCUGGCCUUGGGUGUUGGCACCCUGUGUGCAAAUCCUGCCUGUUCCAGUUCUAAUGGGAGGUUUUCUGUUUUUCUGCAGGGUGCCCGGGUAUGGCUGCGGGAGCAGGACCAGCUGCAGCCAUGCACUGUUGGCCUGUGUGCCGAUGGAAACGUGCGCUUCACCUCCGAUUACGGCACCGUGUUCCAGUACCCCAAGGCCUCCCUUUCCGUAGAAAAAGUCUUGCCCAUGCACCAGAGCAGCGUCAGUGGGGUAGAGGACAUGUCCAUGCUGGGAGAUCUGCACGAAGCCUCCAUCCUGCUCAACCUGCACCAGCGUUACCAGCAGGGUAACAUCUAUACCAACAUUGGCUCCAUCCUGGCAUCAGUGAACCCCUACAGGCCCAUCCCUGGUCUGUAUAGCAUGGAUGCCAUAGAGCUGUACAGGCAGCACCGCCUGGGUGAGCUGCCUCCCCAUAUCUUCGCCACCGCUAACGAGUGCUACUGCUGUUUGUGGAAGCGUCACGACAGCCAGUGUGUUCUGAUAAGCGGAGAAAGUGGAGCUGGAAAGACUGAGAGCACCAAGCUGCUGCUGAAAUUCCUGUCAGCCAUGAGCCAGACCUCCCUUGGGGCCCCCGCCUCUGAGAAGAGCACACAUGUGGAGGAAGCCAUCCUGGAGAGCAGCCCAAUUCUGGAGGCCUUUGGAAACGCCAAGACAGUUUAUAAUAACAACUCUAGCCGCUUCGGCAAGUUCAUCCAGCUGCACUUCUCUCAGCAUGGGCACAUCCAGGGCGGACGAGUCACUGACUAUUUACUGGAAAAGAACAGAGUGGUACACCAGAAUCCUGGAGAGAGGAAUUACCACAUCUUCUAUGCUCUGCUGGCUGGUGUGAGCGGGGAGCUGAAAGAGAGCCUCUCCCUCGCUGAGCCAGAGACUUAUCGGUACUUGAGCCAGUCUGGCUGUGUGAAUGAUGAGAACUUGAAUGACGGAGAAAUGUUCACUAAGGUCAUGACUGCCAUGAAGGUGGUGGACUUCAGCUCUGAAGAGAUCCGAGACAUCUUCAAACUUCUUUCUGGCACUCUUCACCUGGGAAAUGUUGAGUUUAUGACAGCUGGCGGGGCCCAGGUUACAACCAAAGCAGUGCUGAACAUUGCCAGUGACCUCCUGGGCUUAGAUGCCUUCCAGCUGUCUGAUGUCCUGACUCAGAGAUCCAUGAUUCUGCGUGGGGAAGAGAUCAGCUCUCCCCUCACUGUGGAGCAGGCAGCAGACUCCCGGGACUCCCUCUCCAUGGCGCUGUAUUCCCAGUGCUUCUCAUGGCUCAUUAGCAAGAUUAAUACGAAGAUCAAAGGCAGGGAAAACUUUAAGUCUGUGGGCAUCCUGGAUAUCUUCGGCUUUGAGAACUUCCAGGUGAAUCGUUUUGAGCAGUUUAACAUUAACUAUGCAAAUGAGAAGCUCCAGGAAUAUUUCAACAAGCAUAUCUUCUCCUUGGAGCAGCUAGAGUACAACAGGGAAGGGAUAAACUGGGAAGCUAUUGACUGGAUGGAUAAUGCGGAGUGCCUGGACCUUAUUGAGAAGAAACUGGGUCUGCUGGCUUUGGUGAAUGAAGAGAGUCGAUUCCCCAAAGGCACAGACAACACCCUUCUGGAAAAACUUCACAGCCAGCAUAUGAGCAAUCCUUACUAUGUGAAGCCUCGAGUGACAGAUCAUCAGUUUGGCAUAAGGCAUUAUGCUGGUGAGGUGCUUUAUGAUGUAAGAGGCUUUCUGGAGAAGAACAGAGACACCUUUCGAGAUGACAUCUUAAACAUGCUGAAAGACAGCAGGCUGGACUUCAUCUAUGACCUUUUUGAAAGAGUCUGCAGCCGUUGCAAUGAAGAGACGCUGAAGAUGGGCACCCAGAGGCGCAGACCGACUGUCAGCUCCCAGUUCAGGGAUUCUCUCCAUUCCCUGAUGGCAACGCUUAGCACUUCCAACCCGUUCUUCAUCCGCUGCAUCAAACCAAACACAGAAAAGGCACCGAACCUCUUCAAUCCGGAUGUGGUUCUCAAUCAGCUCCGGUACUCAGGGAUGCUGGAGACAGUGAAAGUCCGGCGAGCAGGUUUCCCUAUCCGAUGCCUUUUCCAGGACUUUCUCAGCAGGUACAAAAUGCUUGUGAAGGUACCAAGUUUCUCAGACGACAACAACAAGGCUAUAUGUGCACGCUUUCUUCAGGCCUAUGACAGCAGCAAGAAAGAAUGGCAGUUGGGUAAAACCAAGGUACUUCAGUGUGGGGCAGGGCAUGGCUUUGUUCAAACUACAAGAGGAUGUGAUUGCAUCCACUGAGUUGUUGUUUGUUUUUUUUUUCCUGGGAAAAAGCAUUCAAACGCUUGUUCUCACUUGCUUAACUCAGGUUUUCCUCUCUUCUGGUGAAUGCUUAACACUUCUGCCAUGGCCUUCAUGGUGAUGGUGUUUUUUUCUCCAGACAACCACCUGGAAAUGUGCCAUUAUCUCUCAUGUAAUGGGAAGGGACCUGUGGGAUUCAUUCUGAGUUUUUUUUCAAGUUUUGAGACGGCUUCAUAAAAAGGUGUGAGGUACAUUGCUGGGAGAAGGGAACUGCCUCUGACAUAACUUUACACAUACUCCAAUAAAUUAUUUGAAGAAUAUGCCGAGAUAGAUGGUAUCCAGUGCAGACAGCAUUAUAAGCAGCGGGUGUACAGUCCACAUCCAGAGCAGAUGAUGGUUCACUUUCUAAGGCCUUGCUUUGUAUGACUGCAGUAAUGUUCUAGAAAGAAGCUUUUCUCAUUUUGGUGUAUUCCCAGCCUGUGAUUCAAGUGAUUUCCAUGUUUGAUUUGGGAAUCUGCUUUCUCCUCACUGGUCUCUGCAAACCAGGAACCAUUUCAGUCAUUCUUGUCCCUAGAUAACCCGUGCUGCUUGGGUAGCUGCCAUUCUCGCAGGACUUGAGUGUUAAAGCCUGUGUGGCAUGUGUGUGUGCUGCAGAGCUGCUUUGCUCAGAGAAAGGAGUUGCAAGAGCUGGUAAACAGGGAGCUUGAACUUUCUUCCUAUUAUGAUGGGAUAG